AUGACUGAACAAAGUUCAAUCAGUUCUGCUGUAUUUGGAUUGCAAGACACACUCAAAAAACUUCAGCAGCAAUGGCACUGCCUACAAGGUCAACCUUCCAACGAGAAACAGCCCAGCGAGCUUUUCGGUUUAGGAUCUGUGAAUCUAGAUAAAGCUCGCGAAGAGUUCUCUCAACAUAUAAAUGUUAUUCGCAAUGUCUGUUCGCAAUUCGAAACCGAAGUGUUGGGCGAUGUCAUGAAGAUGGGCGUUGGAGCAGAUCCAGCAUUCAGAAAGCAUUUCACGCAUUUGAAGGAACAAGCAACCUUAGAGAGCACCGUGAUGCGCGUGAAAGAUACACUCUCCAACACCAAAGAGUUCUUUGACAAAACAUUGCGAGACAAGGAGGAAUCGAAGUCGAAAAUCGAGACACAGCGCUUGGAGAAAUUGGCUCAAUCCAUGGGCUUGGUCACAUUUGUAGAUUCCUCGCAGAAAUUCGAAUCUAAUGUGCCCAUCACUACCAUUACAUUGGGAGGCACCGUCAUUGUCAUUGAUAUUGACAUUGACGAUAAAGGACGAGUCUUGAGAACGAAAGUGACCUAUGUAUCAGACACCAUGCAAAAUGACCAGGACGACCGUGUGGAUUUGAUGCUGACAGAAAACCUGCAAAAUCGACAAUUUGAGCUAUUCAAGCGCAAUUUGGGAAGUUUAGCUCUGUUAGAUAAACUAAACGUCAAAUACAAUCCAGUCGACUUUUUCUCGAUUGUCAAACACUUGUUGACUGAUCUUAGGACCAUCUGCAAUGAGGAAAUAUCCAUGGAGCCAGAAUUCAAAAAUGUUCUAUUGCAAGGUCAUGGUGUACCCAGUUUACAUUUGAAUUAUCCGGGCAUAUCAAUCGCAUAUUGGAUGGAUAAAAAGCAUGUGGCCAAUGUGCCUUGGGAGGAGGCCAAAUCAGCAUUUGAAACAGGCAUCAGUCAUGCAGCAUUAGCAGAGGCAUCUCGCUUGCUACUUUCGUUUGAAGAUUCUAUUCAGCCUGUGACAUAUUUACCAGUAUCUCGACUUUCAUGUCUACUAGGCAGUGAUUCAGAGGACUCUAUUGACCAAGAGCAUUUCAAGGUUGUGACAGAAACAGCAGCACCAGUAUUCAUGCCUCACUUCAAAUUUAUAAAAGCGCUUCCAACACAUCCAGAGUGUCAAUCUAUACCCAUUAGAUAUGUUGCUACAUUAGAUCCUCCUGUGCCAGUGUCGGAUGAAGUGUGCCAGAAAUUGAUGAAUGUCACUGGGUUAUCCAGUCUGGACACAGUGUCGCAAGUACCAUACAACCCCUCGACCAUGUCUUUGGAAGAUCUGCUUGUCAUGGAUGUUGCUGAUACUGUGUCAUUCUCGAAUAACUGGAUAUCCUCAUUUGACGACAUGCCCGAACAAUCAUACACAUGGAUGAAAUCUUCACCUACUAGCGCUAAAAUGGUAUCCAGAAUCCCAUUCCAGCACCCUGUUCAGAUAUACAAUGUGAUACAAUGUCUUCGUCAGCAGCAAAUGUUCAAUACGCUAUUCAAGAGUAUCUUUAAUGUGAAUACAUACAAAAAUCAACAAAACGGCACAUCUAUGGCAUUCUCUCUGCAAGACAUUUUGGCAGAGAGCAAGAAGGACAAAACGAUGAAGCUCGAGAUUACAACUGUAGAUGCCCCAAAUACAAUCUUCAUCACAUUAUCACCACCACCAUUGCCUAAUCAACUGUUUGUUAUGGUGCCUAUCUCCAUUGAUAUUCCCCUUGACAAUCCCACCAAGCCUACUGUCCGCUUACACGCACCCAGCCAUGCCAAAUCACAACGCUGGAAUCCUGCCAUCUUUGAUGAGGCCAAAAUGACUGAGCAAAUGCAAUCAACUCACAGCAUACCCGAGUUUAUUCAACAACUUUACAAGGACAUGGCCCAUGCAGACACGUAUUUGAUUGAUCGCACACAGCCCAAGCGUCGCCUUUCUGAAGAUGAUUUCUCAGCGACUUUGGAUGACAGUAAUAAACUCAUGAAGAUGGAAUUGGAUUAA